AUGGUGUCUACCAUUCUGCUGAGCUCUUUUUUGCUUCAUUUCACCACUAUUGUGGCUUCAGAACCGCAAUAUAUCCUAUUAGUCUCCUCUGUGAUACAGAGUUAUUCUACAGAAAAAGUAUGUCUCCACCUUUUAAACCUUAAUGAAGCUGUGUCCUUGAGUGUUGUCUUAGAAUAUGAUGGGUCCAACACCACUAUUUUUGACCAGUCUGUGGAAGAGGAUAACUUCUACGCUUGUGCAGAUUUCAAGGUCUCUCAGAAGUCCUCUGAACAGUUGGCUUUUGUGACCUUGUUGGCUAUGGGAGAUACUCUUAGAAUCUCUGAGAGGAGAUCUAUAGCAAUCAUUCCAGAGGAGACGGUAACUUUUCUGCAGACAGAUAAACCCAUCUAUAAACCUGAAGAGAAUGUUCAAUUUCGCAUUGUGACGCUGGAUACCAAAUUCAAACCUGUUGAGGAGUCGUAUCCUUUAAUCACAGUUCAGGAUCCUCAAAACAAUAGGAUUUUUCAGUGGCAAAAUGUGACUUCUUUUGGAAAUAUUACCCAACUCUCAUUUCGACUGAUUUCAGAACCAAUGUUUGGAGAUUACUUGAUUAUUGUGAAAAGAAAAUCAGAAAAGACACUGAUACACCAGUUUACUGUUAAUAAAUAUGUGUUGCCCAAGUUUGAAGUUAAGGUCAGUGCACCACGAACAGUAACUAUUUCAGAUGACGAAUUCCAAGUGGAUGCAUGUGCUAAGUACACCUAUGGCCAACCGGUGCAAGGGAAAGCCCAAAUCCAGGUGUGCAGAGAAUUUUUUUCUUCUAGCAAUUGUGAGAGAAACAACGAUGAAAUAUGUGAGCAUUUUAUUGCACAGUUGAAAAGUGGAUGUGUUUCUCAAAUUGUAAAUACAAAAGUCUUCCAACUUUACCGUUCUGGACUUUUCAUGACAUUUGAUAUCACUGUAAUUGUUACAGAAUUUGGGACAGGUGUGCAGAUCAGUGAAACAACCUCUAGUUCUAUCACUCAACUGCUUGGGAAUGUGAACUUUGAGAACAUGGACCCUUUCUAUAAAAGAGGGAUUUCUUAUUUUGGAACUCUUAAAUUUUCUGGUCCCAAUGAUGUACCUAUGGUGAGCAAGGUGCUGCAGCUGGAGCUCAAUGACAAUUUUAUAGGAAAUUACACUACAGAUGAGAAUGGCGAAGCUCAGUUUUCCAUCGACACUUCAGACAUAUUCGAUGCGGAGUUCAACCUGAAAGCCACAUACAUUCGACCUGAGAGCUGCUAUCUUCCCAGCUGGUUCACCCCUGAGUAUACGGACGCUCAUUUCUCAGUCUCACGCUUUUACUCCCGAACCAACAGCUUCUUGAAAAUUGUUCCUGAACCAAAGCAGCUUAGGUGCAAUCAACAGAAGAUUGUUACCGUGCAUUACUCCCUAAACAGUAAAGCAUAUAAGGACGACUCAAAUGUAAACUUCUUCUAUUUGAUGAUGGUAAAAGGAACCAUCUUCCUCAGUGGACAAAAGGAAAUCAGAAACAAAGCCUGGAGUGGAAACUUCUCUUUCCCUAUCAACAUCAGUGCUGACCUGGCUCCUGUGGCUGUCAUGUUUGUCUACACUGUUCACCCCAGUGGGGAAAUUGUGGCUGACAGUGUCAGAUUCCAGGUUGACAAGUGCUUUAAGAACAAGGUUAGCAUUAAGUUCUCAAAGGAGCGAGGGCUACCUGGCUCCAAUGCUAGUCUUUGUCUUCAAGCAGCCCCUGACUCAGUCUGUGCCCUCCGAGCUGUGGAUAAAAGUGUCCUUCUACUGAAACCGGAGCAACAGCUGUCAGCUAACAGUGUGUAUGACCUGCUUCCAAAUAGAGAACUAUAUGGUUAUUUCUACCGUGGUCUCAACCUUGAUGAUGGCAAGGAAGACCCUUGCAUUCCCCAGAGGGAUAUGUUUUACGAUGGCUUGUAUUAUAAACCCGUAAGCAACUAUAGGGAUGGAGACACCUACGACAUUGUCAGGGAUAUGGGUCUGAAAGUCUUUACCAACCUCUAUUAUCGGAAACCAGAAGUAUGUUCAGAGGAGACAAGGCUGCCGUUGCCGAGGCCAUUAUAUCUAAAACCAGAAAGAUAUUCGCUGAUGCAUAGUGCCCCAUCUGGAAUUGCAGCUGGAAUGGCCAUAGAGAAGAAUGUUAACUAUGUAGAACAGGCUGUAAUAGAAACAGUAAGAACAAACUUUCCUGAGACAUGGAUUUGGGACCUCGUCAGUGUCGAUUCCUCGGGUUCAGCAAAUCGUUCGUUCCUCGUCCCUGAUACUAUAACCCAGUGGGAGGCCAAUGUCUUCUGUGUGGAAGGUGAUGCUGGAUUUGGAAUUUCAUCAACAGUCUCUCUGGAAGUCUCCCAGCCCUUCUUCGUUGAAACUGCCUUACCCUACUCAGUUGUUCGAAAUGAACAAUCUGAUUUGAUUGUCAGUGCCUUCAGCUACCUGACUACGUGUGUAGAGAUUUCUGUUCAAUUGGAGGCAUCUCAGGAUUAUGAAGCCAAUAUCAACACCCUGAAAAACAAUGGCAGUGAGAUUAUCCAAGCUGGAGAGAAGAAAACGUAUGUCUGGACUGUUAUACCUAAGAAACUGGGUAAGGUGAAUAUCACUAUAGUUGCUGAGUCCAAAAGAAGUAGUGCUUGCCCAAUCAAAGCAACCGAACAGCAAAGUGUAAACUGGAAAGACACUGUGGUCAAAAGCUUGUUGGUGGAGCCUGAAGGUAUUGAAAAAGAAAUGACCCAGAGUUUCCUUAUCUGUGCAAAAGGUGCCAAAGCCUCGAAGCAGAUAGUUUUGGACUUGCCAGACAAUGUAGUAGAAGGGUCUGCCAGAGCCUUUUUCACUGUUGUGGGAGACAUUCUAGGACUUGCAAUGCAGAAUCUGGAGAAUCUUCUUCAAAUGCCCUAUGGAUGUGGAGAGCAGAAUAUUGCCCUACUAGCGUCUGAUAUCUAUGUCCUUGACUAUCUGAAAUCUACCCAACAAUUGACAGAGGAAGUUAAAUCUAAGGCUUUCUUUUUCUUAUCUAAUGGUUAUCAAAAGCAGCUGUCCUUCAAAAACUUUGAUGGUUCAUUUAGUGUGUUUUGGCAGAAGAAUGAGGAAGGAAGCAUAUGGCUCAGUGCUCUUACUUUUAAGACAUUGGAGACAAUGAAAAAGUAUGUGUUCAUUGAUGAAAACAUUCAAAAACAGACCUUAAUCUGGCUUUCAAGCAAACAGAACGGAAAUGGCUGCUUUGAAAGCGAUGGCAAGCUUUUCAACAAUGCCUGGGAGAAGAGAGAAGGCGGAGAUGAAGAUGUUUUACUCACUGCAUACAUUGUUGGAGCGUUCCUUGAGGCUGGGCUCAAUUUCACUUUUCCUGCUCUGCGAAAUGGGCUUUUUUGCCUUGAGGAGGCCUUGAAAAGUGGUCUCACUAAUGGCUACACUCAUGCAAUUCUAGCUUACGUUUUUGCAUUAGCUGAAAAGGAGGAGCAAGUGGAAUCCUUGCUCCAGACCCUGGAUCAAUCUGCUACAAAAAUAAAUAAUAUGGUAUAUUGGGAAAGAGAAAAGAAACCCAAGGUGGAAGAAUUCCCACCCUUUAUUUCUCGGGCAUCUUCUGCUGAGACUGAAAAGACUUGCUAUGUGCUGCUGGCUGUCACUUCCCGGAAGCUUCCGGACCUUACCUAUGCUAGUAAGAUUGUGCAGUGGCUUGCCCAACAGAUGAAUCCCCACGGAGGCUUCUCUUCCACCCAGGACACUGCAGUCUGUCUUCUUGCCAUAACCCGCUACAUGAAGUUAACCUUCUCAAGUGGUCAAAACACUGUCACCUUCAGCAGUGAAGAGUCCAAUGAGAUUUUCCAGGUUAACAGUGGUAACCGUUUACUGGUCCAACGCUCAGAAUUAACAAAAGCCCAAGGACAAUACACAGUAGAUGUGGAAGGACAAGGUUGUACAUUCAUCCAGGCCACCCUUAGGUAUAAUGUGCUACUACCUAAAAAGGCAUCUGGAUUUUCCCUUCACUUGGAAACAAUAAAGAAUAACUCUUCAGAUACAUUCCAGACUAAUUUUGGUCUUACAGUGACCCUCAAAUAUACCGGAAUUCGCAAUAAUUCCAACAUGGUCCUUGUUGAUGUAAAAAUGUUAUCAGGAUUUACUCCAGUCAUGUCAUCCAUUGAGGAGCUCGAAAACAAUGGCUGGGUGAUGAAGACUGAAGUCAAGAAUGACCAUGUUCUUUUCUACUUGGGAAAUGUUUCUGGUACAGCAAAGAGUUUUACUUUUUCUAUUGAGCAAAGAAACUUUGUGUCCAACAUUCAGCCAGCCCCGGUCAUGGUCUACGAUUAUUAUGAAAAAGAUGAAUAUGCCCUUGUUUUUUACAACAUCAACAGCACUUCAGUUUCCCAGUGA